AUGGCAGAUGCGACGUCAGUUAAUACAGCUAAUAAUCGAGACAUCGCACAAGGAAAUGAACUUGACGACUUCGUUGAAGAAAUCACCGUUGAUGUAAAUUCGCUCGAUACGUUGGAGGUUAAAAAACGACUUCUAGAAUUGCUACCAAGAAUGACGGGAUCAUCUACAGAGUUUCGUGAGGUAGAAACUCUUGUUAAUACCUUGGAGGAUCGGCACAAGCCUGUUCUAACACUGGAUUUCCUGAACCUCGCGAUGGCAGGAGAGUGGCAGCUACUAUUUUCUACAAGUUUAUCAAGCCGGCCGAGACAAAAUUUUCGCAUCACAGAAAUGUUCCAACGCGUGGAAUCUGUUUCCAUGAAUUCUCAGAAGGGAACAGUUGCGAAUGAAGUCUCUUGGGAGCUUGCAGAAAAUGAACUCUCUUUUGAUGCCUCUGGCUUGUUUACUGUUGUGUGGUCUCCGCUGCCUGAAGACCUAGAAAGCUUAAUUGGGUUGAUUAAUAGUGCUAUGCCGAAAGAGUUAUUUGACCCCAGCGAUCAUGCUGUUGACACAACAUAUUUGGAUGGUGAUCUCAGAAUCACACGGAUGACUGGACCCCGCUUCGAAGGUGUUCGUGAUAUCUUCAUAAGGAGAGGAAGUAUGAAAAUAGACUAG